AUGGGAACGGGAAAGAUCGAGACGGCUUCCACCUUCACCGCCUUCGUUGCCUUCCAAACCGCCUUCGUUGCCUUCCAAUUUCUACCGCGUUUGGUGCAGAGUGCAUCUCUGCUCCUCAUCUCUUCCAGAAUCGCAGGGGAUCAGGGGGAAAACACUGCAGAGGAGAUCUCGUUGUGCUCGUUGGCUUUGUGUGGAAUAAUAUAUGAUGAUGGGUCGAUGAAGAAGACAACCAACGAGACAACAGAGAUGUGGAGGGAGAAAAUUGAAGACGACAAUUGUAGGGUUUUUUUCUACCGGUUUUGA